UUCUUCAGUUAGCAAGAGAAAGAUAAGGAGACAAUCUUAGUGGUGAAAGUGUCUGUCAGAGGGGGCGGGAAGGUGAGCAAGGGUGAAAAGGAAAAGGAAGUGGGGAAAAAAGAAUGUGCAGGGCGGAAGCGGACAACGAGGCCAAACUGAAGCUGGGAGCCAGAUCGUCCUUCCUUAAACUCCAGAAACAAACUAAUACUUGCCAAUUCAAAAAGGCUUAGAAAAGGCUAAGGAGGCACCAUGAAGACAAACAAGGAGCUUGUGUUGUUUAUGCUCAGUGCAGUCAAGGUGGAAGAAACCAAGAUGGAUUUUCUGCUCUCUCUCUCCCCCUCUCUAGUUGUGGCAGUUGUUCAUGCCGUCACAGUGCAAACACCUCAGGUGAAAGUGGAAGCAGCAAGAGACAAAAAUGCCACCCUACAAUGUAUCUUCCACACUUCUGCUACUAAUCGAGUACCUGGAGACAAUGUUUCCUGGAGGAAAGUACCUGCUAUGGAAGAUUUUGCUUACAAGGUUAUUGGUAGUGACUUGGAAUACAAAGGAAAUUAUGGCGAUCGUAUGACCUUCUCCGGAGAUCUUAAUCAGGGCAAUGGCAGCAUCACCUUCAGUGAGUUGACCAUGGCUGACAACGGAACCUAUGAAUGUACAGUCCAGCUUUUCGAGGAUCCUCCUCCAAGAAGUGUACUGAUUGAUCUUUUGGUCCUUGUGAUUCCAUCAAAGCCUACAUGCAAAAUUAUAGGGAAAGCAGAAUAUGGACAAAACAUUAACCUGACUUGCCAUUCUGAUGAAGGAUCCCCCAAACCUACAUAUACUUGGCAAAGAUAUGAUGCCCAAAAUCAGCCACAGCAACUUGUGGGAACACCAAUGGAAGGAGGACUGCUUAUGUUGAAGAACAUCUCUGCAGACACCACUGGCUACUACAUCUGCCUUUCUCAAAACUCGGUUGGGCAUGAUAAUUGCAACAUCAGUCUUGCUGUGGUACCCCAAUCCAUGAAUAUUGCUCUCUAUGCUGGAAUCAUUGGUGGAGUUGUUGCUGCCAUCAUUAUUAUUGCAGUUCUAGCUUACUGUUGCUGCUGCAGGAGUUCCAAGGACAAGGAGUACGAGCCAACUGAGACAAACGAUGGCUUCCAACCCCACCAUGAACCCGUAGAGAUCCGAGGACCAUCUGAGGAAGAGAUUCAGGAGGAAGGUGAAGAGAGGCACAGUCCACAAAUGCCACCAACUUGGAGGCCACCUUCAAGGUCUUCAGAAGCUGUGGCCUAGUGGCAAGCAUUUCAAAAAGGGAGAAAGGAAAGAUGAACAUAGUAUUUCAUGCCCCUGUAACCAAUGAAUCCUCCCUUCCCAGAACAUUAUGUAUAACAGGUGUGGGAUGAUGUUGGUGUAAAGAUAUGGCUAAUACUGUAUUUGUAAUGCAUUUAAUGUGCAGGAAGACUAGCCAGUUGAAAAGGCACCGGCUUCUAGAAUUUCUUCUAAUCCACCCAUCAAGAUCUUUUCAAAAGGCAAAGGGAGGAUAAAUUCACUAUAACAAUUUUAUUGACACAUUGCAAGUUUCCAUAUAUAGUUGCUGUUAUAAGUCACUUAAAAUUGGUACUAUUCAUACAGCACAGAUGGAAGUUGUUUUCUGGUCCAAAAAUGCAUUGGCUCCAAGCAAAUACAUCAAGAGUAGCCAUAUGCCAGCAAGGACAACCAAAACACAUGAGGCAAAUUGCUGCUGACAUGCACCCCCAAAGUGUGCUUGCUUGGACACAGAUAACAUUCACAUACAGAGUACUCAUACAUAUACUGCAAAUCAGUCCAUAGUAACACUCACUUCAGCAGAACAACUGCAUCUGUGGUUUACAGUGAGCUGGCUUUGCUCAGCUCUUGUGUUUCCUAAUGGGUGAGUGGAGAGUGAUGAAGCUCCAUCCUGAAAUGCUUUCAGCAGGGAGCUGGCCUCCUACCAACACUUCCCACUGCAAAAAGGAGAAGAAUGAGUCAAGCUAACUUGAGGUCUGCCUUGGUCAAGACUUAAGUUUGACUGGCCCUCAACUCUUCUGAGAGAGGAAGGAAUGUUUGAGUGCAGGUUCGAGGACUGUUGCUUCAAAGUGGCACCUGACAACAAGCUCUGCUCUCCUUUCUCAAAUGUAAUGGAAAAACCUCUGAAGACGCCUUGAGAGGUUGGACUGAACCUAGCAUACUGGUCAAUUUUUCCAUUUUCUGAACGAAGGAGAGAGUCCUUUUGGAAAGUGGUAGAAAAAAACAACUCAGCACAGAGAUGUUUUCCAUUAAUACUUUCAUUAACUGGGCCACCAAGAUACAAGAACUAUACAUAUGAAACAAGGCCUCAAGAGGAUGAACUCAUAACAUUGGUGUUACUUAUUCAUUGGGUGGGAUCCAGAGAUUAGGUAUCUUUUAUGGUUUGCUUUUAUGAGGAUAUUGUCUUUUCUAAAACUCAGACCACAAAUUUAAUUGCUUGAAAGAUGUUAAUUCCCCUGUCAAUGUACCUAUUGGCUGAAAUCCUGUAGCUUAGUGUAGUAUGUUGCACUAGUGUAGGCCCAUUUAAUUGGUGGGGAUUUGGUGAAGGUACUCUGUGAGUUCAGUUUGUUCUAAGUCACAGCUGGAGUAGGCCCCUUUGAAUCAAUGGAACUUAUGGGGAAGUUGACUCACCAUAUCCCCACUGAUUCAAUGGGCCUAUCUACUGUGAUUUACUACACUGAGCAACAGGAUUUCAGCUACUGUGCUUUUUGCUGGAAUUUCAUUAUAUGAUUGUCACAGGCUAAAUUACAAGUACAGAGUCUUUGAUGUAUGGGUUAUUAAUUAUUUCUUUUCUGUAUAAUUUGCUAUUUGGAAACUUGCUUUUUUAUUAAAGAAAUAUUUCAACAUACCGUAAUUCUAAGUAUUGUCAAUGAUAUAACUGGUUCAAACAUGACCAACCAAUAUGCUAAAGAAAGCUAAUUCUUUCCACUUCAGUGGAAAUUCAGCUCUUGCUCAUUGAUCCACAUUGCGAGAUCUGAAGGCCUUAGG